CAGCACUCCUCUAGGACGACCGCCUCCCUUCAUACGCCUUUCUUCUGGUUCUGGUUUGUAAACAUCUCAGACCAUCAUGUCGGGUGGCCAAGGUGACGUGGAGAUAGACAUUUCUGGGGAAAUUGAAGUGCCUAGCGAUUUGAAAGCUCCUCCGAAGUCAGGUGAGGACACAGGUGCAGGUGAGCCGCAGGAACAGGUGUCCAACCCAUUUAGUAUGGAGGUUGAUAGAGAGCAGCCAAGUUGUUUCAAGAAAUUACUGAUGCAGCUUCCUGUGCAAUUGCAGCUGGCAUCACCAGCAGCCAGAGAGUGGAUCACACGCAGCCGGGAAAAUGUUCGACCCUGGAUGGUCUUCGUCAACACACAAAAGUUCAAGAUUCCACCUAAUGUACAGAGAUGGAGUAAAAGACUGGCCAAAAACAUUGACUACUUCCAGUCCAAUUACAUGUUUGUGUUCCUUGGCCUUAUUAUAUACUGCUUGAUAACGUCCCCUCUUCUACUUAUCGCUGUCGCUGCCUCACUGGGUGCAUGCUACAUCCUCUCCCUGAAGAAUGCUGAGAAAAAGAUCAUCAUUGGAGGCCAUGAACUUUCACUUGCUCACCAGUACUCUGCCGUUGGCAUUGUAUCACUUCCAAUUUUCUACUUGGCGGGGGCAGGCGCUGUCCUCUUUUGGGUCUUGGGUGCAAGUUUCUUCAUCAUUAUUCUUCAUGCCUCAUUUUAUAAUGUUGAGAGUCUUAUUGGCUCUGAUGAGGAGCCUUUUGAUCUGCAAAUGGAACAGGUAUAAACUUGGACAUUUAAUUCAGAUGUGGAUGAAAAUACCUCUGCACGUGAAAACCAGUCUUGGCUAAUUUGCAAAAUACUUGGAUGAGAUUGUGUAGCUACUGUAAGGCUUCGGAGAUAUACUUGUCUGAUGUGAAUCACACAUUUGUUUGAGUUUAUUUGCCGUGAAGAAUAUAACUUAAUGAUGCCUAAAUGCUGUUUAAAGUAAAGAACUUGUAUUUUAAGAUAUAAAAGCAGGUUUGGCAAGAAUAUUACAUAAACAAAAAAGUGUAGAAAGAAUGAAGUUCCAUCGUAGCAGUCAAUAGCUUCUUUAAGGACAAUAUGUGAGGGAGGAGAGAGGGGGGGGGUGUCAUUUGAUGUUUGGUAUGUUACACCACGGUGUGAGGAGUUCAGGGAAGUCAGUGAUCAAAUUAGUUGGCUUAUUGAAGUUGUUAGUCCAAAGUUUUGUAUAAUUAAAACUUGUAAUUCAGUUUUAUCUGAAAUUUUAUAGUGUAAAAGUGUUAUGCUGUGUACAAUUAAUCUUAGACCCCUAACGCGUGGCUAUGGUUUUUAGACAUACAGUACAACCUCAAUUCGGUGAACUAUAAGGGACCGACCCCGGUUCGUUGCAGAGUUUAAUUCAUUGCAACAGGUGACCUUCAGGAGGCAUUUGCGUCAGUGUCUUGUCAACAUGUUGACACUGAGAUUUGUUCUUAAAGCAUGAUUAAUUUAGAUGCAAAAUAUACUAAAACAGGGAAAUAAACUUAAUAUCUACACUUUAACCCCUUGUACACUGUACAAGUUGAGUGUGGCAGCCCAUCUCAAUCUGUCAAAUGCCGGUGCUCACCUCGACAACAUGCAUACACAUUGUCUGAACCACACUCUCUCAUUGUUGGUUUUGGAUGUUUAUACAAUCGUAUUUGAAUGUAUGGUUACUGAUACACACAUACAUGCAUUGCAUCAAUGAAUGUGUGAAUGUGUCAGUAAGCUAAUUAAUGAAUGAAUGUAUUUAUCAGUAAGGACUAAGGAAAUUGUAGAAGACUAAUUGGACCAUGCAAGGCAGCCCCCAUUUGCAUCAUGUAUAUAAAUAAGAGCUGGCUCAUGUGUGCAAGUAGGCACAUAUAUGAAUGAGUUUGGGUGGAUAUAAAGAGGCAGUGGCAACUCCCAUUUAUAUCCAACCCAAACUCAUUCAUUUAUGGGCCUAUUGGCCCAUAUGAGGCAGCUCCUACUCCUAUCCACGAUGUAAAUAGGAGCCUCCUCGUAUGAGGCAACAAGCCUUCUGUAGUUUACAGUAUUAUGAUGUUGAAGUGAUUGGUUGACAGUUGUACUGUACUUCAUUCAGUACACACUCGAUUAAGGCAGCGUCUGGGAUGCUCUCGGACGCAGGUUCGAAUCCUCGUCACAGCCCUUGUGGAUUUGUUUAUACUUCAUUCAGGUUCAGCCAUAUAGUGGGGAAAACCAAGUGAACAUAAUCAUUACACAUAUCAUGGAAUUAUAAUGGACUUUCAUUCCAUGAAAUCGCCACAUAAUCACACCAACAUUUGUGACGAUAACUCCAUUUGCAUAGUAAACAAUUGUGAAACAAGAGCAGGAGUUUUCUCGUGUCUAGGUAAACUCUACUACAUCCAUAUAGGGCUACACUAUAUCCAUAUAAUGCUUCACUAUCCAUAUUAGCAUCAUUAGUGUAAAAUCCAGACAAUAAUAUUGUAGUUUAAAUCAUUUUAUGAUAACUUUAUUACCCCGUGAAUCAACAUAUGACAAUAGCUGCACUUUAAGGGUCAAGAUCAAUCUCGGUAAUACAGUAUAGAUUUUUUAUUCUCCCUCGUCGUGGUGACAUUUUGAAAGUAGUGUAAAGUGUUGUAUUGGUUAAGUUUUGAGUAAGGUGUAAUUCAAGAGAAUAGAGUGGAAGAACAAAGCAAUAAAGUAUAGUAUAUGAUUAUAGUAACAAACUGUUGGGUGAUGUGGAAAAGCUUGUUUGAACUACAAAUUUUUCAGACCCGGGAGAACAGAUUUAUCAGAUGUAGAUAGAUGGGACUCUACUCCAGUUCACGUGAUAAUGGUACGCUAUGUUCUGCGUGCACUUUGCCAGGGCUAUUUUUAUGCCACCCACUUAAUUACCUAUUAACUACCUCUGUGUGUUACAUAGCAUUCACCCGAUUUAGUCAUAAAUAAAACAUGGAAGCUGAAAGAUCUGUUAUGCUAAUGUAUGGGAUUUCAAUACUGCCAAGAAUCCUUAUAAUCUGCUGGUUAGUAAAAGUUCGAUUUCCAUGCCUUAAUGUUGUGAGACUGGUGGGUAAUGCAUUACAUGCCAUAGCACCAACGUGUACUUAAGGGCUUGGAACUCUGUUGUGGUUUUUCCUUGUACCCAAGCGACAGUUCAAAAGGCAAAAUGUACGCCAGAUGAAAUAUACUUGUAUCUUCUCCCGGUUUUCAACAUUCAUCAACGCUCAAGAUGCGUGUUUUUAUCAAGGGCAGUCUUGAAAGAUUAAGAGUUUUAGUCAUCUUGAGAAAUGUUUAAAUUUAAUGUUGGUAAUUUUGUCAAUAUUUUCCUUUUCUGAAUGUAAGCAAUAAUUGAAUGUUUUGCAUAAUAAUGUUACCUGUCUAUCAAUUUUAGUUUUAACUGGUAUGUCAUAAAGAUCUUGAUUUACAAAGGUACUGUUUGAAGGAUAUAAUGUUUUAACAUUAUAUUCUCAUGUGAGACUGUACUGUGACCUCUUCAGAAAACUUGAUUUGGGGGUCGUUUCUGAUGAAAUAACACUGAAUAAAAUUUUAUAGUGAAAUAUA